CCCGCCGCCGCCGCUGCCGCUCCCCGCUGCGGACCGGGUGGCGCUGCCGCCGGGCGAGGGCGUGCGCUCGGCUCCCGGAAGCAGCGGCGGCGGCGGGGCGAUGCUGCUGAAGCUGCUGCAGCGGCAGACCUACACCUGCCUGUCGCACAGGUACGGGCUGUACGUGUGCUUCGUGGGCGUCGUGGUCACCCUCGUCUCCGCCUUCCAGUUCGGAGAGGUGGUGCUGGAGUGGAGCCGGGACCAGUACCACGUGCUGUUUGACUCCUACAGGGACAAUGUCGCCGGGAAGUCCUUCCAGAGCCGGCUCUGCCUGCCGGUGCCCAUCGACGUGGUCUACACCUGGGUCAACGGCACGGACCUCGAGCUGCUCAGGGAGCUCCGGCAGGUCCGGGCGCAGAUGGAGGAGGAGCAGAAGGCCAUGCGGGAAAUCCUGGGGAAGAACACGACAGAACCCACGAAGAGGAGCGAGCAGACUCUGGAGUGCCUGCUGACCCACUGCAUCAAGGUGCCCAUGCUGGUCCUGGACCCCGCGCUGCCCGCCAACAGCUCCCUGAAGGACCUGCCGGGCCUGCACCCCGCCUUCCGCACGGCCAGCGACCUCUUCCACGUGGCCAAGCCCAAGAACCCAUCCACUAACGUCUCUGUGGUCGUCUUUGACAACACCAGGGAUGUGGAAGAUGCCCACGCCAGCCUGCUGAAGGGGAGCGGCAAACAGACGGUUUGGAGGGGCUACCUGACCACAGACAGAGAAGUCCCCGGGCUGGUGCUCAUGCAGGACCUGGCUUUCCUGAGCGGCUUCCCGCCCACCUUCAAGGAGACCAGUCAGCUGCGGACCAAGCUGCCUGAGGGCCUGGCUGCCAAAAUCCGCCUGCUGCAGCUGUACUCCGAGGCCAGCGUGGCGCUCCUGCACCUGCACAACCCCAGGGACUUCCAGGAGCUGAACAAGCAGACGAAGAAGAACAUGACCAUCCAGGGCAAGGAGCUGACGCUCAGCCCCGCCUACCUGCUGUGGGACCUGGGCGCCAUCAGCCAGUCUAAGCAGGACGAGGAUGUCUCCGCCAGCCGCUUCGAGGACAACGAGGAGCUGAGGUAUUCGCUGCGCUCCGUGGAGAGGCAUGCGCCCUGGGUGCGCAACAUCUUCAUCGUCACUAACGGCCAGAUCCCGUCCUGGCUCAACCUGGACAACCCACGGGUGAAGGUGGUCACUCACCAGGAAGUCUUCCGGAACCUGAGCCACCUGCCCACCUUCAGCUCCCCGGCCAUCGAGAGCCACAUCCAUCGCAUCGAGGGGCUGUCGCAGAAGUUCAUCUACCUGAAUGAUGACGUCAUGUUUGGCAAGGAUGUGUGGCCGGACGACUUCUACAGCCACUCCAAGGGGCAGAAGGUUUACUUGACAUGGCCCGUGCCGAACUGCGCCGAGGGCUGCCCCGGCUCCUGGAUCAAGGACGGCUACUGUGACAAGGCCUGUAACAACUCGGCCUGUGACUGGGACGGCGGCGACUGCGCUGGGAGCAGCGGAGGCAGCCGCUACGUGGGCGGCGGAGGAGGCGCGGGCAGCGUGGCCGGUGGUCAGCCCUGGCAGUUCAGUGGUGGACUCAGCAGUGUCUCCUACUGCAGCCAGGGCUGUGCCAAUUCCUGGCUGGCUGACAAGUUCUGCGACCAGGCCUGCAACGUCCUGGCUUGCGGGUUCGACGCCGGCGACUGUGGCCAAGAUCACUUCCACGAGCUGUACAAGGUGGUCCUCCGCCCCAACCAGACGCGCUACGUGCUCCCGAGGGGCGAGCGGCAGCCUUACUUCAGCUUCGCUGAGAUCGCCAAGCGGGGUGUGGAGGGCUCCUACAGUGACAGCCCCGUGAUCCGGCACGCGUCGGUCGCCAACAAGUGGAAGACGGUGCACCUGCUGCUGCAUGGCGGCAUGAACGCCACCACGCUGCAGCUGAACCUCACGCUGCAGGACGCCGCCGAGCGCGAGUUCCGGCUGCAGCUGGCGAUUGAGGUGGACACACGGGAGGGUCCCAGGCCCAACGCCAGCACCCCGCAGCCCCGUGCGCCCCCAGGCAGCCCCUCCACGCCGCCCCCCGAGGCCGAGGUGCUUUUCGAGGAUGUCCCUGAGGAGAAGCGCUUCCCCAGGGUCCGGAGGCUCGGGACGCCGCAUGAGCCACUGCCGAUGCCCCAGGUGAACGUUUCCCUGCUGCCCAGAGAGGCCCAGGCCAGGCUCAGGGUCCUGGACUUGCAGCUGGCUCAGGGUGACAUCACGGUGAAAGGCUACAACCUGUCCAAGUCAGCCCUGCUGCAGGCCUUUCUCACCAGCGUCCCGGUCACUGCCAUCAGCCCAGCUACUGUCACGGAAGGAAGACGGGGUCACCGGAGCCUGGACAGCAGCAGAGGCUUACAGCAGCCCCUGUGGCCAGCUCUGCCGGCAGGGAUAGCGGAAGGGCACCGUCUCCACCGUCUCCUAGGUGCCAGUCCAUCCCCAGUCCCGGAGGCCAGGGCAGCCGCAAGCCCAGCCCCAGGUCUCAGCAGCAGCAGCAGCAGCAGCAGCGCGCUCAGAAGGAAGCACCCGCCUCCGGCCCAGGGAGAGAGAAACGUGGCCGUGGAGAAGGAGCCCCAGGUGGAGGCGGGUGCUGCCGACCCCCGAGACCCCGCCGCCCCGCUGCCCGGGAGGAGGCUGCAGCAGGAGCUCUCCGGGAGUUACCUGGGCUUCCUGCCCUGGGAGAAGACCAAGUACUUCCAGGACCUGCUGGAGGAGGAGGCGGCGCUGAAGACCCAGCUGGCCUACCUCACGGACAGCAGCCACGCCGGCCGGCGGCUCCAGGACACCUUCGCGGACUCGCUGCGUUACGUCAACAAAAUCCUCAACAGCAAGUUCGGCUUCGCGUCUCGGAAGGUCCCGGCGCACAUGCCGCACAUGAUCGACCGCGUGGUCAUGCAGGAGCUGCAGGACAUGUUCCCCGAGGAGUUCGACAGGACGUCCCUGCACAAGGUGCGGCACUCUGAGGACAUGCAGUUUGCCUUCUCCUACUUCUACUACCUCAUGAGCGCGCUGCAGCCGCUCAACGUGGCCCAGGUCUUCGACGAGGUGGACACGGACCACUCGGGUGUCCUGUCGGACCGCGAGAUCCGGACGCUGGCCACCCGCGUGCACGAGCUGCCGCUGAGCCUGCAGGAUCUGACGGGUCUGGAACACAUGUUAAUAAACUGCUCAAAAAUGCUUCCCGCUAACGUCACUCAGCUGCACGCUGUGCCGCCCACCCAGGAGGCCUACUACGACCCCAACCUGCCACCGGUGACCAAGAGUCUGGUGACCAACUGUAAGCCCGUGACCGACAAAAUCCACAAGGCUUACAAGGACAGGAACAAGUACAGGUUUGAGAUCAUGGGGGAGGAGGAAAUCGCGUUUAAGAUGAUCCGAACCAACGUUUCUCACGUGGUGGGCCAGUUGGACGACAUAAGGAAAAACCCCAGGAAGUUCGUCUGCCUGAACGACAACAUUGACCACAACCACAAGGACGCGCAGACCGUGAAGGCCGUGCUGCGGGACUUCUACGAGUCCAUGUUCCCCCUGCCGUCGCAGUUCGAGCUGCCCCGGGAGUACCGCAACCGCUUCCUGCACGUGCGCGAGCUGCGCGAGUGGAGAGCUUACCGAGACAAACUAAAGUUCUGGACCCACUGCGUCCUGGCCACGCUGAUCAUCUUCACCGUCUUCUCGUUUUUUGCCGAGCAGUUAAUUGCCCUUAAGCGGAAGGUAUUUCCCAGGAGGCGGACACACAAGGAAGCCAGCCCCGAUCGCAUCAAGGUCUAGCAGAUCUUGGUUUGGAAGCUCCAAAGCCACCUACCUCAGCGUCACCGAGAGGGAGGACCGAGUGCUGGGCUGCUGCCUGGGACCCCUGCACACUCCGCGCCACCAUGACGGUGGCUCCGAGCCCGCCUCGCUGAAAAGCAUCCGCUCGUGGCCCACCCGGCCUUUUUAUAAAGCUGCUGCCGAUUUCCCUGGGUGACCGUGGCAAACUGAGAACAGAGGCCUGGCUGGGGGUCUCGAAGCCUGAAGCCUGGUCCCUGCCUCUGCGGGGUUGACUCCCCACGUCCGUGCGUCUGUCCGUUGUCACGAGUCACCGUCGCUGUCACGUUCCUGCUUCUGAGAGUAGCAAAUCUGAUUACUGAAAUGACAGGGUACUGUCGCCUUUGACUGACAAGACAGAAGUCCCCAGAUGAGUGAGGAAGACCCCAGUCCACUUCUGCCUGCUGACCAGCCCAUGGCCAGCUGGGAACCUCGUCGCCGUUCUUCAGUCCCCAGAGGACGCACUGCGCUUUCCCACAGGCCUGAUGACCAAGGGCUGCCGUGUUAGCGCUGCCUCUUAGAGAUGUCGUUAUGUUUUGGAAACGCACAUAGACAAAAGUGUCUCCUUCCAGACGGGCAGUGCUGACCAAGGGCUGGCGCCCGGGGUCAGGUUUACCACCACCACCACCCCCCACCCAUAUUCCAGCCACAGCUGCUUUUGUGUACAGCAUGAGUCAGUCAACAAACCUGUUCUGUAAAAGGCCAGCUGGCACGUAAUCACAGGACACCUGUGUCCGUCACACAUUCUAGGUGUUUGCAGUCUGCCUUCUGAGCUGUUCUUUAAUACUUCAAGGCCCGUGCACAGCUGGACCUGACCCGCAGGCCCUGUCCGGGUAAACCCUGAGGCACAGUGAUGUCUCCUAAUAUCAUCUAUGGUGGAUUUGUGGCCACCCAAUUCUACAAACCCUUUCUGAAUUGAGACAGGUAUUUUAAAUCAUGGUCUUAACAGUAUUCUUCCAUAGUGGCGCACAUAUUUGUAAAAAGAACUUGAAAUGUAAAUACUGUUUGUGCCGUUUUCCAAAAUGGAAGUCUCGUAAACAGUUGUACGACUCUUUGACCGUAAAUCUUGAGGCCUCCCUGUGCGCUAGCCCAGGACUCACUGGCCCGGCCAUGUGGUGACUUGGGUGUUGCCUAAGCACUAUGGAGGUUAAACAGAGAUUGGUGUCAGGCUGUACCGGAGCGUCCUGCCCAGGUGAAAUGGGUUCUGGAUAAAAUUCAUCAUGCGGGAAAAUUCAGGGAGUUAUCAGGAUAUCACUGUAAUAGCAAAGAAUUUAUUCUAGAAAGGUUAUACAGAAAUAAAGAUUUCUGCGUCACAGA